AUGAAACUGAUAAGAAUCUUGUCUUUACUUCCGACAAAAGUGGCUGCUUCCACACGAUCGGUUCUGUCCAAGAGGUGGAGGAAUCUGCUGAGUCUUGUAGACACCCUUCGUUUUGAUGACUCGAUGGUUGUGCUCAGGUAUCCCAACGAAGAAGAAUAAGAAGCAACAAGUCGCUUCUUAGAUUUCGUAGACAAGACAUGUGCUCUGUUAAGCAAUUCUCCCAUCAUCAAGAAACUUUCUCUGUGUCAUGUACUUGGACGUGGCCGUGACGAUGAAUACUCUCGUGUCAACCGUUGGAUUUGUGCUGCAAUGGAACGUGGUUGGUUGGAACUACACUUGAACUCAUCUAAUGUUGGUUUAGAGAGAGAGUUGUUAACGAGCAACACACUGGUUAAGCUCACACUAUCCGGUGGAUAUCCUUUUGAAGUUAAGCAAGUGUUUCUCCCAGCGCUCAAAUCACUUUCUCUCGUAUCAGUUUUCGGGCUUGGUGAUAUCUAGUGUUGUCAGCUCAUCGAUGGCUGCCCUGUACUAGAAGAAUUAUUCAUAGGUUAUCAUUUUUCGUAUCUGCCAUGUUUGUUGGUGCGCACUGAAUCUGUAACAUCCCGACGUUUGAGUCUUUUUACUAAUAUUUGUCGUUGUCAAACGCAACACAAUGUGAGUUAUUAUGAAGCACCAAGUCUUGUGUACCUUGACUAUUCUAGUUAUGUCUUUGAAAAUUAUCAGUUUGUUGAUUUCCGUUCGCUUUUGGAAGCCAGGCUGAGUCUCCGGUUGUGGGAGCCAACUAACGAUUAUGAUUAUGAUGGUAAUGAAGAUUGUUAUUAUGAACCAAAGGAGCCUAUAUCUGGCGAUGUAACAAACCUAGUUGCGGGUCUAACCAACAUUACCACACUUCACUUGUCUCCUGAUUCCCUUGUGGCAUUUCAUUUCUGUUGUAAGUCCUUGCCGGUGUUCAGUAACCUCCUUAAUUUAUCUAUCGAGAGUAACAAGGAAAAAGGUUGGCAAGUAAUGCCACGUUUGCUCAAGAGUUGUCCAAAUCUACACACUUUAGUCAUCAAGGGUCUUUUGCACAGAGUAACAAAUAAAUGUGGAGAUGCAUGCGCUUGCAUCCCUAAGAAGCAUAAGAAUAAGAGAGAGAAGAAAAAGAAGAAGAUUGUGAAGGAGGAGGAGAAGGAAAUAUCAUGUUGUUUACGGGCAUGUCAUGUCAAGGUGCUAGAGAUAUCAGAGUAUGGAAGUUCUUUUCAAGAGCUGAGACAGAUGAGACAUUUCUUGGGGAAGUUGGCAUGUCUUGAAACCGUGAAAGUUGGUGUUGAAGCAGACAAGAACAGUAACUUCUUGCGAGCUAAUCUUCUGGCUCUCCCCAGACUUUCAUCACAGUUCCACAUCCAGUUCAUCUGA